CUAUUCACUUUGUAUCUUUUUAAGACAACAAAAAUAUUUCUAGGUUGGUUUAUUGUAAAAAAAAGUGAAUAUGGGAAAACUAACUUUAUCCCUGGUGGUUUUGGCCUUAGUCGGUCUAACGUCACUGGCAUCGGGAGCCACUGAUUGGUGGGAGGAUUCAUCCCUAUACCAAAUCUAUCCCAGGUCGUUUAAGGACAGCGAUGGCAAUGGAAUCGGUGACAUUAAUGGAAUCACUGAAGGACUUGAUUACCUCAAGGAAAUCGGUAUGACAGCCACUUGGCUCUCACCCAUCUUCAAAUCACCAAUGGCAGAUAACGGGUAUGAUAUUUCAAAUUUCACCGAUAUCGAUCCAAUUUUCGGAACUUUGGAAGAUUUCGAUGUUAUGCUGAAGAAAGCCAAAGCAAUUGGCAUCAAGAUUAUUCUGGAUUUCGUGCCAAAUCACUCAAGUAACGAAUGUGAAUGGUUCGAAAAGUCAAUCAAUCGCGAAGACGGAUAUGAGGAUUUCUAUGUUUGGGCUGAUGGCAAAGAUGAUCCACAAAAUCCCGGAAAGAAAUUGCCUCCAUCUAAUUGGGAAGGUGUAUUUGGAGGAUCAAUGUGGAAGUGGAACGAAAAACGUCAACAAUUCUAUCUUCAUCAAUUCCUUGAAGAACAACCCGACUUCAAUUUCAGAAAUAAGCAAGUCCGCGAGAAAAUGUUGGACGUUUUGAAAUUCUGGCUUGAUCGUGGUGUUGAUGGUUUCCGUAUUGAUGCUGUGCCCCAUAUGUUUGAGAAGGUCAACGAUGAUGGCUCAUACCCUGACGAAGAUCCCACCAAUCAUUACUACACCCAGGAUCAAUACGAAACUGUUGAAUUAUUGUAUGAAUGGAGAGAAUUCUUGGAGGCUUACCGUAAGAAAAAUGGUGGAGAAACAAGAGUCUUGUUAGCUGAAGCCUACUCACCAUUAACAAUGCUUGAUAAAUAUAUCGGAAACGGAACUCACCAAGGUGCCCAGAUUCCAUUCAACUUUGCCCUGUGGGGUUUGAAUUUGACAACAAAUGCUAGGGAUGUUCAAGGUAUGGUCGAUGGAUGGAUGAGUUUUAUGUGGAAGAAGCAUCAAACUGCCAACUGGGUGACUGGAAACCAUGAUAUGGGAAGAGUUGUCGAUCGUGUUGGAGAGAACAAGAAGGAUCUGAUUCACUUCUUGCUUACUGGAUUACCCGGAGUGACCGUUACUUACUACGGAGAAGAAAUUGGAAUGUCCAAUGUUGUGACUUGCGAAAACUGCAGCUAUGUGGAAACUCGUUCCUUCAGUAGGUCUCCAUUCCAAUGGAACGAUGGGGAAUCAGCUGGAUUUUCUUCAUCCAAUGAAACUUGGUUACCAGUUGCAGAAGACUACAAAUCCGUCAAUGUGGAACGCUUACGAUCUUUGCCUAGGAGUACAUUGAAAAUGUUCGUUGCUCUGCAAAAAUUGAAAACUUCAUCUGCAUUUAAGGCAUUCAAAAACAAGGGAGGUUUUAGCUAUGGAGCUAUUAGUGAAAACGUUUUCCAGAUAAUUCGUCGUUCUAAAUAUGAAGAAUACCGUUUCUUGAUCAAUUUUGGUGAAAAUGUCGAAGAAGUUGGUAAAUUAUUGACAUCGUUUGUGAACAAGAAUACUUUGAUGGAGUAUAAGGUUGUCAGUGUAAAUUCUCCACACCAAUUAGGUGAUCGUGUGAAAUUGCGUGAUGUCAAACUUGCUCCAGUUGAAGGAGUUGUGUUGAGGAAAGUCUACAAGCAUUGAUGAAUAAGCAGCAGUUAAGGUUUAAUGACAAAAAAGAUUUUAAAUUUUAUUUCAGUAAAAUUUAAAUAUUCUUAAAAUAAAGUAACUGAAUUGAAUCUAAAAUGA